AUGGAACCGGGUCUUAUAGGUGUUAUCACUUUGUUGAGUUUUAUAGGUGCUAUUUGUCUAAUUGGUAGCUGCUUCGCCAUUCUAGAUGAACCAAAGGAGAGAACUGUGCCCGUACAAGCUGCUGAUAACAAUCCACAAGCUGUUAACAAUCCACAAGCUGUUAACAAUCCACAAGCUGCUGAUAAUCCACAAGCUGCUCAGGAUGCUCCUAAUAAUCAAGAAACUGCAAUUGUAGAGGAAGUUCCUGAGAAUACUGCUCCAGAGGAUACUGCAACUUCAGUCCACGAAAGCAUCCCUCUUGAAGAUUUAUCAUCCACAUCGACCGUUGAAGGUAUGAACUCAAACGCCUCUGUGGAGACGCCGUUGCCUCUAUAUCAAAGCGACGUUUUGCCCCGGUAUAGUGAGGUUGAGUUUGAUAGUUAG